AUGCCGGCCAAGACCAUCUACAAGGAAGUUCCAGUGACCAAGGUUCAGCAUGUGAUUCAGAAGCGCUACUAUGACUCCGUUGCUGGCUUCAAGAACUGGCAUUUCGGCUGUUCCAAGACGAAGAAGAGCUGGUGCUGCUCCCACGAGCAGAGGGGCUGCCCGGGAACAUGGCAAGGGGAUGGGUUGACGAAGACGAUUGUCACAGGGGUGACCCAACACAUUGGCCACGGCCACGUGCACGUCAUUCACCAUGUGCAUCGUUGCUCGACGAGCAGCCAUGAUGUCGACGACCUGCCAGACAUUGUCGGAGAUGACCAUGCCUCGCUGCCGCCCGAGUAUCGCCACGGUGACAUGGGCACCUAUGGCGACAAUGACUCUGUAGACUCUGUCGAGAAAUGA